AUGGCGACGGGCUCCUCGGACCCCAUAGAAGAGAUGCUGCUGUUCUCCGAGGAGGUGGACGAGAAGGCGGUCAGCGAUCUGGUGGGCUCCUUAGAAUCGCAGCUGGCCAGCGGAAAGAGCUCAGUCGAGGCGCUCCAGCCCAGGACCUCCGCCCCGUCCCAGCAGCACCAGGGGAGCCUAGUGGGGGGCUGUAGCCCCGUAUGGCAGCAGCAAAGGCAUCCGGCGCUUCCUUCCACUCCCGGGACAGAGGAGGCGGCGGUGGGGUGCCCCGGAGCCACGGAGAGCCGAGCCCCUGCUCAGGGGCAGCUCCCGUCCCCCCCGGCGGCGGCAGUGGCGGUGGCAGGGAGGGGAGUGAGUGUAAACAGUAGUAGUGUGCAGCAAUCACAUGGAGCGGCUCUUCUCAGCAGCGGCGGCAGCCCCGGCGCUCCCGCCGCCCCUGCCCCGCCGCAGCCCGCCGCUCCCCCACCUGCCGGCGCCCCUGCCCAGUCUGUCAACAACCACGUGGCUGCCGGCGCUGCUGCCCGGGACGCGGGGAGCCCCAGCGGCAGCCCGCCUGCCGCCGACAGCGCGGUACUGCCGCCGCAGCGCAACGAGGCCGCGGAGGGGAGCGGGACCUCGGCAGGGGGCGGCGGGCCGGCGGAAGCGGCGGAGGAUGCCUCUGCCUCCGCGCCACUCCCCAAUGGGGAGGGCGCCUGGGGCCAGCCGGCGGUACUCCCAUUAGUCAGCAGCCACAGCAGCGCUGACGCCGCCACGGCACAGACCAAGCCCGCGCAUGGCCCGCUCCCCGCAGUAAACGCACUCAGUAACUCCGCUAGUCCCGCGCCCGCCACCCCGCCGGGGCAGGGCUCGGCUGCUAACUGCGCACCGCCGGUCUCCGCCGCGCCCAAGCCAGCGGUCAGCGCUGCCAAGGCGGGCGCUGCCCCCCCAGCCGCCCCCCAGGCCCUGUCGCCCCGUCUGGCGCUGGGCGCUGCUCCCAGGAUCGUGGCCCCGCAGCUGAUCGUGAGGCCGCCGCAGCAGACCACUAUCCAGCUGUCCCCCGGUUUCACCAUCCCGCCCGAUAUGGUCUUGGUGCGCACGGAUGUUGGACAGCUUGUAAUGGUGCCUCAGCAGGCUCUAGCACAGGCUCAAAUGCAGGCUCAAGUACACAUGCAGGGACAGGGUCCUGCCAGCAUCUCUCAGAGACUUUCUGUGCCCACAACUGGCCCUGUUUUUCGCCUGUCAACAACUCAGCAACCAGGUUCUGUAGCCACAUCUACUGUCCGCCUGGGACUUCCGGUGCAAGCCAAAGUUGUUCAGUCAACUGUUACACCUGUCAGUGCUACGUCUGCUGCGACUCUGCCAGGAGGCUCUAUUCUCUCCCAUACCACAGUAUCAGUAGCUACAUCAAGUGCUCAGAAUUUAUUCAAGACAACAGUAGCAACUGGAACAUCAGCUUCUCAACAACUUGCAGUAAUCACUGGUGGACAAACUCAAGCUUCAGCACAAACCCAGGGUCAGCCUCGGCUGUCACUUCCACCUCGUACAACAGCACAAGUACCAGCACAGCCCCAGGUCAUACCAAGUUCUCCUGUACCUGGAACUACAGUUGUAUCACAGGAAAUGCAAGAGAAUGUGAAAAAAUGCAAAAACUUUUUAGCUACCCUUAUAAAACUUGCUUCUCAUAAUUCACCAUCUCCAGAAACAUCCCGUAAUGUGAAAGCUCUGGUUCAAGAUUUGUUGGAUGCAAAGAUUGAUCCAGAAGAAUUUACAGGCCGCCUUCAAUCAGAACUCAAAUCAUCUCCUCAGCCAUAUCUUGUACCUUUCCUUAAGAAAAGUCUACCUGCAUUGAGACAAUCUUUAAUGAAUAGUCAACAUUCAGUUUUGCAAGGACAGCCAUCUCAGCAGUCACUUCAACAAACCAAGCUAUCACAAGUUAUACCUCAAUCUGCCUCUGGAAGCAUUUCCUCUCUUGUCACCACGCAGACAAUAGGAAUAAGGCAACCAAACAACAUUUGCACAGUCUCUGUAUCAAAUACAGUGCAGCCUCCUCAGGUUAAGGUGGUACAGUCCAAUCAGAGUUCUCAACUGCAGAUUAUCCAGUCAACAUCUGCUCAAACUGUGAAACGAACCCCUGCUUGCCAGACUACUCAGAUUAGGAUGCCGGUGGUAAUAACUCAGACCAUUAGACCACAAGGCACACUAGGGAAGGCACCAACAAUACAAGCCAGCAAAAGUCCUGGAGGCUUUGGUGUUCAGGUCUCUGCAAAUCAGAAAAACAAGCUGAAUGACCCUGGAGGUGGUUCUUUCAGAGAUGAUGAUGACAUCAAUGAUGUUGCCUCUAUGGCUGGUGUUAAUGUUAAUGAAGAAAGUGCCCACAUUGUGGCUACCAACUCUGACUUGGUUGGAACCCAGAUACAGUCCUGUAAAGAUGAACCCUUUCUUGCUGCUAUACCUCUACAUAAACGCAUACGUGAAAUGGCUAAAAACCUAGGAAUUACUGAUGUGCCAGCUGAGGUGGUUACUUUUAUUUCCCAUGCAACACAAAACAGAUUAAGAACAAUGAUAGAAAAAGUAACAGUGAUAACCCAGCACCGGAUGAAAUCAUACAAAGAUGAUGAGUGGUACGAACAAGCUACAGAUGUCCGAUCACAGUUAAAGUUUUUUGAACAGUUGGAGCGUUUAGAAAAGCAAAGGAAAGAUGAACAAGAGAGGGAAGUCUUGCUGAAGGCUGCCAAGUUGGUGGAGACGUUGCUGUUAUCUUGUCGAUCACAUCUGUGGGGAUCUGGCGACAUCCAUUUCGACAUUGUGUUCCCAAAAACUAAAUCUCCUGUGCAGGUCCCUUGA